AUGAGCAGCUGCAGCUCCUCUCGCCGCGGCGUCGCUCUCCUCCUUCUCCCCGUCCUCCUCCUGGCGUGCCUGGCUCCGGUCGCCGCCGGAGGCAACGCCGCCAGCGACUUCGAGGAGGACGGCUUGUCGCCCAAGUUCCCCGGCUGCGAUAACCCCUUCAAGAAUGUGAAGGUGAUGUACUGGGUGGACGGCGAUGAGAUGAACGCCCUGACCGGGAUCACGGCGAGGUUCGGCGGGGUGCUGCCGGUCACCGCUUCCGUCACCCAGAAGCUGCCGGCCGUGGUGCCCAGCCCCAGGACCGGCUGCGACAAAGACACCAAGCUGGCCGGCUCCAUCGCCGUGGCGGAGCGCGGUGUGUGCACGUACCUCGAGAAGGCCUCGGCGGUCGAGUCCAGCGGCGCCACGGCGAUGCUCCUCGUCAACGACAAAAAUUCGUUGGAGAUGAUGGCGUGCACCCAGAACGACAAGGUGCCCGACCUCAAGAUCCCGAUCGUGCUGGUGUCGAAUUCUUCUGGACUGAAGAUCUUCUCCGCCAUCGACGGCGGAGCAAAAGUGAACAUUCUGAUGUACACGCCCACCAAGGCGGCUUUCGACGGCGCCAUCCCUUUCCUCUGGCUCAUGGCCGUCAGCACCACGGCAUGCGCCGCCGUCUGGACUAUCGUCGUGGUCGGCGAGGAGAAGAAGCCUCCUCCAGCGGCUGGAGACCAAGAGGCUCCUGCUGAGCCUGAGAUCGUGGAGCUGGAAGCCAAGACGGCGGUCCUGUUCAUCGUCGUGUCGUCCUGCGUCCUGCUGUUCCUCUUCUUCUUCACCUCCAUCUGGUCCGCCUGGCUGCUGGUUAUCAUGUUCUGCUUCAGCGGUCUUCAGGGCUUGCACUUCGUUACAUCGAGUCUCAUUGUCAGAAUAUUCAAGUGCGGCGACGCGAAAGUGAAGCUUCCUUUGAUCGGGAAUGUCACGGUGGUGACGCUCGCCGUCUUGCCGGUAGCCCUGUUCGUCGUCGUCAUGUGGGCAACGCACCAGAGUUCAGCGUUUGCUUGGGUUGGCCAGAACCUCAUGGGUAUAUGCAUGAUGAUCCUCGUAUUGCAGAUAGUGCAAAUGCCAAACAUAAAGGUCGCGUCGGCGCUUCUUAUCAGCGCGUUUCUGUACGACAUAUUCUGGGUGUUCAUCUCGCCCUUGAUAUUCAAGAAGAGCGUCAUGAUCACGGUUGCCAAGGGCACGGAGGAAGGGCCGAGCCUCCCCAUGGUGCUGAAGAUGCCCAAGGAGUUCGACGUGUGGAACGGCUACGACAUGAUCGGGUUCGGGGACAUCCUGUUCCCCGGACUGCUCGUCGCCUUCAGCUUCAGAUAUGACAGAUCACACGGUAAGGGUCUGACCGACGGCUACUUCCUCUACGUGAUGAUCGGCUACGCCUUCGGCUUGUCAUUCACAUAUGUCGGCCUGUACCUCAUGAAGAGUGGUCAACCAGCUCUGCUCUACCUUGUCCCUUGCACACUAGGAACCAUCACCUUGCUGGGCGCACAGAGAGGAGAGCUCAGUCAGCUCUGGAACGCCAAAGCAUAG